AUGGAGCCGUUGAAAGAGCCUCUGCAGCUCAAAGACGUUAAGCAGUCGCGAUUUCAAGAGGGCGCGUCGCAGUCGGCGCCCGCAUCGCCCGCGAGCGGUUUUAGCUCGCCCAUUCCCUCAAUCUUCGAUCUCCCUCUUCUCUACUUCCUCUCUGAGGUGCGCUACAUCGACGUCGGGCGGGAAGAGAUCCCAAUACACGAUCGCUCCUUGCGACGAUACGCACGGUAUCACCUCAAGGAGACCCUGUGCCUGAUGGGCCUCAAGCCCUGGAAAGCUGCGCAGAUAUCAGAGUGGGUGUUCGACCGCAUCAAGUUCAAGAAGGUGUCGCGGCGGUCGGUGGAGGGUCUCACGCUGAGCGGCGAGGGCCUGAUCCCUACGCCCGGCGUGGGCGGCGUGGGCGGCCAACCGUCGUCACUCUCGGGCAGCGGCUCGCUCCCGACGACCGCGCAGACCGGGCAUCGAAGACAGCCCUCCCUGGCCUCGGGCAUGAGCGUCAACCUCACCAAGACCCAGUUCCUCAAGGUGCUCAAGGCGGCCUUUGAAGCCACGUCGCGGUGCACAGGCCUGACUCCGUCCUAUCUUAGCACGGACACGAACAUGGGCAACCGAGCCCUCUCCAACUUCAGCAUCGCCGCCGACGUGACCUUCCGCCAGCAGUCGUUCACCAUCCUACUGGGCGGCACGUCUGGCUGCGGCAAGUCGACACUGGCCUCCUUCCUGGCCAGCAGGAUCGGCUUCACCACGGUCAUCUCGACCGACAACAUCCGCCACAUGAUGCGCUCGUUCAUUCCCGCCGACCAGGCGCCCGUGCUGUUCGCCUCCACCUACCACGCGGGAGAGGUCAUGAACCUGCCCGAGGACACCGACUACAAACAGCGAGGCUACGAGGCACAGUCCAAGCUGGUCUUUGAGAAACUGGAGGGGAUCAUCUCCAAGUGCGAGAGCAGGCGAGAGUCUCUGAUCGUUGAGGGUGUACAUUUGGAGCCGGAGUUGAUGAUUGACCUGGUGAAGCGUCACCCCACAUGCAUUCCCUUUGUGGUGUACAUAAACGACGACGCCAAGCACAAGGAACGUUUUGCUAUUCGCGCCAAAUAUAUGACGCUGGAUGCUCGCGUCAACAAGUACAUCCAGUACUUCAAGAACAUCCGGAUCAUCUCGCAGCAUCUCUGCCGCCAGGCCACCAAAUACGCGAUCCCAAAGGUGAACAACACAUCCGUCGAUCGGUCCCUUUCCCUCGUGCACGGCACCAUCUUCAACUGUAUUCGUGCCUACAGCCAGGGAGAGCCCCUCUACAACAAGGAACUCGAACAGACUGCCGUCAUCUCCCGCGAGUACAAGCGCGUCAAGGACGAACUGCUUAAGUCCAAGGGCGUCCUGGCGCUGAAGCGGGCAUUCCUUUCUCCAUCCCACUCUUCCUCGAGCCCUAGCGGGAACUUUGCCGAGCACAACUUUGAAUCUCUUCACGGGUCGGCGUCGGCCAUGGCCGAGGACGUGCCCGAGGCGAGCGACACCGACGAAGAGCACCGGCACGAGGAGGAGAGCGUCGGGGACAACUAUGACCUGGAUGAGGACAUCGAAGACGCGGUCUACGAUGACGAGCGCCUCUACGCCGACGCCGGCUCCAUCGGCAGCUGA